AUGAGAGAGAAGAGGAGGAGGAGGAGGAGGAGGAGGAGGGAGGUGUGUUGCUGUUGCCGCUGCUGCUCAAAACUACUCCAGACAGAUGCAUUUCCUCCCCUCCAACUCUUCCAGGAGGCUGCUCUAAAACUCCCAGCACUAAAAAGUUUUGCAGCUCUCUGCAUGCUGACACUCCAUCAGAAAGGAAGCAGCUCUGGUGUCUCAUCAUUUUGUUCUCAGUGUCUGCAGAAGGCAUGACUUUCGAGAGUUCAUAAGGACUUCAAAGUCUGGUGGCCAGAGCUUUGCAUCUGCAGGUCAGAUGUUGUGAGUCUGCCCUGACAUUCAGAGUUUAGUUUUACAGCUGGUUCCAUAUACGAGGGGAGUUCCUGGAGUACGCUGGGUCUGUCUCAUCCCAGUCACUGGAGUGUUUCCAUCAGCGAGAUGAGGACUGAGGUGUUUGUCCUUUUGGUAGCUGUGAGCCUGUGCUGCGCUUUGGUUUGGGCUGGUGAAGAUGUAAAGGAGAAGGAUCUAGACGGAGUCCAGGUCCAGGUGAGAGAGGCCCGAGGACUGGUCAAGAACAGGAGACAGGUAGAGGACAGGAAAAUGUCAGAUGAGCCCGCUGAAGUAGUGGAAGAGGAGAAGACAAAACCAAAGAAGAAGAAAACACCUGAGGAAAUAGAGGCAGCCAGGGCAAAGAAAGCAGCAGAGAAGGAGGCAAAAGCCAAGAAACAGAAAGGCCCUAAGCCCACCAAAAAGCCCAAAGCCCCAAAACCUACCAAAAAACCCAAGACACCAAAACCCACAAAGAAGCCCAAGGCUACGAAGAAACCAAAGGCAACAACACCAACGAUGGCAACAACUACAACCACCACCACCACCACCACUACUGUGCAGCCAGACAUUAAACAUCCCAGUCUGGAGGAGGAAGAGGAGAAACUGUUCAUUGAACUCGGCUGGGACAAAUUGUUUCACCCUGUCACCACAAAGGCAUCUGAGUGGGAGGAGCCUGUGGAGCCAGACCUGGAUAAGAUGCGUCGAAACAAACAAACUACAACUACUGAGGUCAUCAUGUACAUACCAGAGGAAACCACUGCCAUCCCAUACAUUGGUCCAUGGUACGAAGAAUAUGACUAUGCGGAUUUGGCAGCGAAAAAACAAGAAGAGGAGGAGGAGAGAGCUCGAAAGGAAAAAGCAGAAAAAGCUGAGCGGCUGCGGAAGCAGUGGGAGGAGGAAGAAGAGGAGAGACUGAGGCAGAUUUCUGUGCCUGCUGAACCAAAGAAGUGUCCUCCUCUGGGCUUGGAGUCUCACCGUGUGGAAGACGACCAACUGCUGGCUUCCUCUCAGGGUCACCACGGCUUCACGGCACAAAGGGGACGCCUCAACAUGCAGGGUUCUGAGAAUGAAGAUGAUCUGUAUGGAGGAGCUUGGUGUGCAGAGCCAGAGGAAAAAGACCACUGGUUUCAGGUUGAUGCUCACAAAGAAGUGGAGUUCACAGGGGUCAUCACUCAGGGAAGAAACUCAGAACAACACGAGGAUUUUGUGUCGUCCUAUUUCGUGGCCUUCAGCAAUGACAGUCGUGAUUGGACGAUACUUCAUGACGGCUAUGCAGAAUGGUUGUUUUAUGGAAAUGUGGAUAAAGACACCCCAGUGAUGAGUCAGUUUGCCACUCCUGUGGUGGCACGCUACAUCCGCAUCCUGCCUCAGAGCUGGAAUGGCAGCCUGUGUCUCAGAGCAGAGAUCCUGGCCUGUCAACUACCAAGCAGCUACCAAAGUGAGAAUGAAGUCAACCCAUCAGACGACCUGGACUUCAGACACCACAACUACAAAGAGAUGAGACAGAUGAUGAAGGUGAUCAACGAGGAGUGUCCAAACAUCACCAGAAUCUACAACAUCGGUAAAAGCUCCCAGGGCCUGAAGAUGUACGCCAUGGAAAUCUCUGACAACCCAGGGGAGCAUGAGACAGGUGAACCAGAAUUUCGUUACACAGCUGGUCUCCAUGGCAACGAGGCACUGGGUCGUGAACUGCUUCUCCUGCUGAUGCAGUUUCUGUGCAAGGAGUACAAUGAUGAAAACCCAAGAGUGCGCCGUCUGGUGGACGGAGUGAGGAUACACCUGGUGCCCUCACUUAACCCUGACGCUUAUGAGUUGGCCUAUGAGAUGGGCUCAGAGAUGGGGAACUGGGCACUGGGUCACUGGACUGAAGAGGGCUACGAUAUCUUCCAGAAUUUCCCAGAUCUCAACAGCAUCUUAUGGGGGGCCGAGGACAGAGGCUGGGUCCCACGUAUAGUACCCAAUCAUCACAUCCCCCUCCCAGAAAACUUCCUCAAUGGCUCUAUUGCUGUUGAGACAAAGGCCAUCAUAUCCUGGAUGGAGCGCAGCCCCUUUGUGCUGGGAGCUAACUUACAGGGGGGAGAAAAAAUGGUUUUGUACCCAUUUGACAUGCAGCGUCCACCCAUUUCUCUAACGGACAACCGCCGUUGGAGAUCAAACACUGAGAUGAACGACGAGACCUGGGCCCGCAUUCAGAGGCAGAAUGAGGGGGCUCUGAGGGAGACACCAGAUGAUGCCAUGUUCCGCUGGUUGGCAAUGUCAUAUGCUCACAGCCACCUCACCAUGACAGAAACCUACAGAGGCUCCUGCCAUGGCGAUGACGUGACCGGGGGCCAGGGUAUCAUCAACAGAGCCAGCUGGAAGCCAACGGUGGGCAGUAUGAAUGACUUCAGCUACCUGCACACCAACUGCUUCGAGCUCUCCAUCUUCUUAGGCUGUGACAAGUUCCCCCAUGAAAGUGAACUACCUCUAGAGUGGGAGAACAACCGCGAGUCCCUGCUGUCUUUCAUGGAACAAGUAAAUCGUGGUAUAAAGGGCAUAGUGAAAGAUGUGGAAGGAAACCCACUGUCUAAUGCCACCAUAACAGUGGAGGGAAUAAGGCACGAUGUCAGAACUGCUGCAGGCGGUGAUUACUGGCGGCUGCUGAACCCUGGAGAGUACCGAGUAACAGCCAAGGCUGACGGCUACACCCCUCAGACCAGACUCUGCAUGGUGGGUUAUGACACUGGAGCCACUCCAUGCAGCUUCACCUUACCCAAAUCCAACUGGGACCGCAUCAAACAGAUCAUGGCGCUUAGUGGCAAGAGGCCCAUUCGACUUGUCCCUAAGAAGGUGACGACUCCAUCCACCACUACAGUCGUCCCCACCACAGAAAGUCAUAUCAGCGCCCAGAGGUCAGAGCGCCUCAGGCGGCUCAGGCUGCUGCGUUUACGCAGGAUGCGUAUGCAGAGACAGAGAGGCAGGCUCAGUACCACUCCUGUUGCCACGACAACAACAACAACAGUUCCUACAACAAUACCUGAAACCGAGAGCACAACUUCCUGGUAUGACUCCUGGUUUCCUGUGGACAACUGGUCAACUGAGAACCCGUUCGAUAGCAUCAACUUUGACUCGGUGCCGACACAGGACUAUCCUUUUGAAUACACUAUUGAUUGAUUCCUACACCCAGAGAUCCUACAUUUAUAUCAUUAAGCACUGCAGCGUCACAGCUUUUCACAUACACAAUCAUUAUUUAGUCUUUGGAAGGUUUUGAAGAUUUGACGUUUGGCGAAGGCUGUAAUUUUAGAAGCACGUCCCUAAGAUUGUUAUUUUUGGAAAAACUUUACAGAGAAUUUAACUGUAAAAAAGGGCCUCUGCUGAGCAGAGACUUUACAGCACAUUUGGCUCUUUGUUCAACAAAUCUAUAUACUCGAUAUACAAACAGUAUGCAGUUAGGCACUUCUCCAUAUGUAUAUCUUUUUGUAUGGCUAUACAAUGUGAAUGCUCCAUUCAAUUAAACUGAUUCAAUGUAAUGUUAACUGCAUUUGAUUAAAAUAAAGUUAUUUUAUAAAA